UCUGCCUAGCCUCGCACGCUCGCCGUUAUCCGCCCGCCCACACAAUGGAGUCUCUGGCUGAGAAGGCGCCAGUUGUUACCCGCGAGCGGGAAAACAAGACUGAGGACAAGCAAGUGAUAAAGAAGAAAAAAGGUGUUUUGAGAGUGUUCUUCAUCCGGCUCUCGCACUUUGGUCCUCUGAAAUUUAUGGUGAGUGUGCUGCGUAAUCUGUCGUGGCUGGCGGGUCUCUCUUGUCCGGUGGAGGAUCUGGGCGCAGCCGAAGCCCACACGCCGGCCCUGGUUCGGCACUGUCGCACCGGGAAGAAGCGGCUGCGCAGAGUCACGCGUGUGCUGCUCUCCUAUAUCCCCUACCGGCUACAGAGUGUGCUCGGCUACCCUGUCCCCAGCAGCAUCGGCAAGACAGCCGUCUCGGAAGAAGUGCGCUGCUCCCCCACCAAGCCCUCUGGGAAGGGUAACAAGCGUAAACAGGAAGAUGUGGAUGAGGAGGAACACCAGUCCUGGGUGGAGGCCCUGAACAAGGAGUUGGGGGAUGAGGACAGCGAGGGGGAUCCCACUUAUGAGCCGAGCAGCGAUGGUGAGAGUGACAGCGAGGAGAACAGGACUCGCAAUGAUACAGAGAGUGACAUAGAGGAGGUGGCAGAAGAGGGCAAAGCCAUUAUCAAAGAGUUGGACGCAGCUAAGAAAGCAUCCACCGAGGGUGGUUCUGCUGGGAUACAGAACAGAGCACACUCAGAGCAGCAAUCGUGAUCAGGAGCUGUGUCUGACCGACUCCAUCUCCCCAAUUCUGUUGCAUCCUGUCUGUUGUGCCUUGAAUUUGAUGUGAAGAGAAGAUUUCUUAAUGUAGUCCAUUGUGUGAAAUGUCUUGGGGGUCGUCGUCCCCGUCCCCCCCCCCCCCAGUUUUGCAGAUUACGCUUCAAUAAUAAACAAUUUUCAUGUCUAAAUUUAUUUAUUGACAAAGAAAAGGGGGGUGGGGGGAGGUAGAUGUAAAAGACAGUGUUCAGCAACUAGAGCCUUGGAGACUAUCUUAGUCGCACCUUUAAUACAUUGGUAUUGCUCAGCCUAUGUAAAGCAAACUACUUCUUUUUUUUUUUUUUUCUUGUAGAGUUUGUCUGGUCUGCAUACCUUUCCAUAUUGAUUCCCAAUGCAGUUGCCAUCAGUAAUGAAGAAUGCACAGUGCUGCCUCUAGAGGGCAGUGUAGCACUGUCUUUGUUCUAAAGGAAAGCAAGGGGGCAUCUGCACACUGAUAUGCUUGAAUUUAUAUCGGAAUAUGGUGUUUAAUGAAUACAGUAUAGCUCAACUUAUUAUUUUAGGAGGAUUCAUACAUUAGGA